AUGGAUGAUUAUUUCAACGUUCAGGAAGAAUUCAACCAGGAAGACCCUGAUCAUGAACAUCUUAACAAUUUUAACGAUGAUGAGUGGGAGGAUAUGAACCCUAAUGAUGAUAAUUCUGCGCCUGUUGGUUCUAGUUCAGUAUGGAAAUAUAUUAGUAAAAAUCCAGAUAGCUCAGGAUUUAAUGUUUGUAAAAAGUGUCAUAAAAAGUUCCAAUUGAGUACAGGUGUUUCUUCUUUAAGAAAACAUCUUGCAAAACAUCAGCUAAAAGUUCCUGCAAAACAAGGAAUUCUAAUGAUAAAAAAAACAGGUCCUCUUAACGAAAAAGAGCAAAAAGAACAUA